CUGUCAGACUUGGUUUUCGCAUUCAUUCUCCAAAUUGCUUUAAUUAAAAUUGCUUUUAUAUGCAUUAUCUGGCUUUUAAGGUUCAGCACUGGCUUGUGUCUUCCCCACUGGAUUGAUCUGAAAAUCACAGGAUAUGUUUCCGAGGCUGCAGAGGCUCCAAGGUUGUUCUGAUCAUCUGAUUCCACUGCAGCACUUUCAGCUGCUUGUGCCUUUGAGGUGCCUGUGCCUCACGUGGGAGUGCAGUGGGUUACCUUAAAGGGAAAAUCUGAUGAAACUUCUUUAAGAACUUGUUGUUACAUGUGAUAUCUUAGUGGAAUUUACCGGAACAGAAUGGAGAUUCCUGACCUAGGAUCUGGAACAGAGCUGCAAAAACAUUAAUUUCUCAGGGUGAGAUUGCCUCUGCUCAAAGGAACAAUAACAUACUGGAAAUAUACAAGGUGUAUACCAUUCACCCAGACUAAGAAAAGCUUUACUCUAAAAGGAAUAAAAUAAUCAUGGCAGAAUGUACAGGUUACAAGGAAACCUCAAACCGGCACCUACGCUUCAAAUUGCAGAGCCUUAGUCGCCGCCUUGAUGAACUGGAGGAAGCAACUAAAAAUCUGCAGAAAGCAGAGGAUGAAUUGCUUGACCUCCAGGACAAAGUUAUCCAGGCAGAAGGCAGCAAUUCCAGCAUGCUGGCUGACAUUGAAGCCCUGAGGAAAAGAGUGCUGAAGAUUGAAGGCAAGGAUGAAGAAAUUAGGAAGGCUGAAGAGCUUUGCAGAUUAAUGAAAGAAAAACUUGAAGAGGAGGAGAGCCUCACUCGAGAUCUGAAGUCAGAAAUUGAGCUCCUUCAGAGGAGAAUGGCAGAGCUGGAGAAGCUGGAGGAGGCUUUCAGCAGGAGCAAGAAUGACUGUACACAGCUGUGUCUUAGCCUCAAUGAAGAAAAGAACUUGACCAAAAAGAUAUCUACAGAAUUAGAAAUACUUAGAGUGAAAGUGAAAGAACUGGAAUCAUCUGAGGACAGGCUGGAUAAAACUGAACAGACCUUAACAGCUGAGUUAGAAAAGCUGAAGUCCUUAGCUCUGAGCUUUAUCACAGAAAGAAAACAUUUUAACGAAAGAGAAAAGCAAAAUGAAAAAAUAAUCCAGGAGCUAACACAGAAACUAGAACAAAACAAUAAACUAAAUAGGGCAGAUCAAACUAGAAAUGCAUCCAACUUGCUAGAAAGGUCAUCCAACAAUCUCCUGGAAAGAAAUGAUAUGAGAAUUGAAGAUGACUUGACUUCUGCACUGCCCUCUAAGGAGACCAGGAGGAAGGGAAGUGUGGAUUACCUGAAACACGUAGAAAAUGAAACCAGGAAUAAAUCAGAAAACCAAAAGAAUAAAAAUCAGGAAGACAACAAAGUGAAAGAUCUCACCCAAGAAAUUGAGAAACUUAAAAUUCAGAUCAAACAUUUUGAAUCUUUAGAAGAAGAACUUAAAAAAAUGAGAGCCAAAAAUAAUGAUCUGCAAGACAGUUACUUAAGUGAGCAGAAUAAAAACAAACUCUUAACAGGUCAGCUAGAGGAAAUAAAAAUGCAAAUAAAGAAACAGAAAGAUCUGGAGAAUGGAGAAGUUGAAAAUGAAGAUACAAGCUUUUCUAGCAGGGGAAAGCAUGACCGACCCAAAUACAGAGGUGUCAUGACUGAUUUGACAGCUGCUAAGCACAAGCCAAGGGAGCUCUCACCGCAGCAGCGCCGGGAAAGAGCACGAAACAGAGACUUCUCUAUCAGUAAUGACAGCUACAGCCAUGGUGGUAAGCAGGUGCCCAGUCCAAGCUUAAUGAACAGAAAAGCAGGGAGAGCUUCUGGUGCAUCUGCCCUUUCAGACACUGCUGUCACAGAUACAAGAAGAUUGGAAGAGAAAUCUUUAGUUUCCACUAUUUCUUCUGGUCAGAAAGAAAGCUCCAUCAUGCAGAAUGAGGGGAAGAGAUCCAAAGAGCAGCCAUCUGUCCUCAGCCGAUAUCCUCCUGCUGCACAGGAGCAGAAAGCUUGGAAAGCACCUUCCAAACCUGUUGGUGAUACUAGCCUGAGAUCCAAGGCUGAAAAGCCAUCUCAGGUGCUCCGUGGCAGCUGCCAAAAUGGUGCUGACACACGGGAUGAAAGGUCAAGCAAAGGAGAAUCAAUGGGUUCUUUGGCUGAGAAGCUGAAAACAAGUCAGGCUGAAGUCAGUGAGUGCUUGGGGGACACACAGCUCACAAGGGGUAACCACACCUCUUCCAAUGGCACAGCCUCAGCAUACAGGUACCACGUGUCCUCCAGUGUGUCAGACUCUGCUGGCUCUAAAGUGGAAGCAGCAUCUUUUGCUGCAUCACACAGACAACCCUCAGAGGGGAGGGCUAAAAGGGUGGCAAUCUCCCAGGAAAAAGAAGCUGCUGACACAUCACUUGAAAGCGUGAAGCUUUCAAUGCUCACAAAGCGUUCCCAUCACUCCAGGAGUCAGGAAGACAUUCUGCAGAUGGUCACAGGUCUUGAUAAAGAAGGCACGGAGCAGUCUUCAAGUUCAGCAACUGAUCAUGUAAAUAUGGGUUUAAAAACUGACUCCAAAACCAUCCAGAGUAACCAGGAAAAACUUAAUUCAGAUGAAGAAUCAGGGAGAAGUAAAAAACCAACCACUCAGUCAGAUUUUGAGACAAGAAAGAAAGUCAGUUCCAAGCAGUUCUCCAAUUCUAGGGGAGUUUUUAGAGCAUCAUUUUUUGAAAAUGACCAAAAAACUGUGAAUGAUGAAGACUCUACCAAGUGCAUAAAACCAUCAGAUGCCAGCACUGCAGGAUUGAAAUCCAGAAGAUCCUUCAGCCCUAGAGAAGCUCUGAGAUCAAAAGCCAUCAUUAAACCAGCAAUUGUUGAGAAGGAUAUGAAGGCAAUCAUGGGAGGGACUGUUUCAGAGCCAGAAUCAGAAAAACAGAAGUCUACUUUUAAAACAGUAACAAAUAAAAUGACAAGCAGCAUCACAAUCUUUCCUUCUGAGCCAACAGCUCCAAGAACCACUGCAGAUAUAGCAGCAAAGGAAAGGCAUGUUACCACCAGCAACAUCAGAGUUGCUUCAAAUGAGCCUUCAUCAUCAAUAACAAACAAUGUCCCUUCACCCUUUGAGGUCUCAGUUAACAGAAGUGCUGUGAAGUCAUCUGAGACAGACAGAAGUGGAGAGGCAGUGCCGAGAAGUAAAGCUGAAACAGUGGUCUCGAGAAGCAGCAUUAUGCUGAAGACUUCUGAGCUCGUGGAGAAGAACAGUGAGACACCUUUGGAGACAAUCAGCUGGAAGAGCCAUGGCUCGUCAGAGGCAGGCUCAUCCGAAACAAAGCAUGUCACUGUGAGAAGUUCCUGGAGAACAAGACAAGGCCUUCAUUCCCUGGAGGACUCUCAAACCAAAGCGGAGAAAAGUGCAACUUUCAGUGCCACAAACUUAUGUAGGUCCUCAGUGGACCUUUUAGAAGAGGAGGGGAAUAGUUCAAAAACAGACUUCAUGGAGCAGAGUUCAUCAAGGACGAGUGCCACAGCUAAUUCCUGGAGUGCCCCUGAACUGGGGUCCCGAAGGACCAAAAGUAAUUUAAGUGCAUCUGAGCUGCUGACACGCAGGAGCUGUGCAAAUGAUCCUGCAGCAGCUGCUGCUUGGCAGCGGACCACACCACCUGAUGAAAGCAAGGAUUUUGUGUCCAGUUCCAGAAGGAAGCAGUAUGGCUCUUCUGAGUACCUCCUGCAGGCUGACACUCUGGGGAAAAGGAUAGCCACCAGGGUGGAGCUGCAGGACCCUGAAUCCAGCUCCCCUGCACCACCAGGGCUCCAAGGAGAGGAGCAGGGCACUGCCCGGGCUUCCCGGACAUCUCGGAGAUGAGCAGCAUUCCCUUCCUCUCAGUGACCACGGUGAAGCAAGGGGCAGGAUAGUACCAAGCUCACAGGCAUCACACCUGUUUGUAACCUCUCCAGAGGCUUCAACUAGCCUGAAACCAGUUUUGUAAAGCGAUUUUGAAAGGUACAGGAGCUUUACCAGUCAAUUCUUUUUCUUCAUUGCUGAAGAGGCAGCUGCAGAGACUUUGCUCAGGGGACUCCCACUUCUCAUCUCUGUACCUGCAAACUUCAUCUUCCCUGUAGGACGAUAGGUCUGUCUCCAUAUGGAAACUCUGACUACCUACCCUCUCUGAACAAUGGUACUCCUUGCACAACAGAGAACUUUUUAUUCACCUGUGUUCACACAAGAUCCCAGCGGUGUGAUUACAUCCACCAGCCCAUGACACCCACCACAACUGAAAGCUUUCAGUUCAUAUGGAGUUUGCAUUCUCCUAAUAUUAAAAUAAUUCGUAUCAACUUGCUGCCUGGGGUAGGAGUCACCUCAGUACCUGUGUUUCCAGCACCCUUUGUCUCUAGGCAAGAGGAGACCAUUCCCCACUGGUUACUUUACAAAUUGAGAGGGAAGGAGAGCAGGAAAUGUUUAGGAGUUGGUUCCCUAUCACUGUCAGUCUCUGCAACAAGCUUUGCAUAAUCUACUCAUCACCAGUUGAGAUCCUGCACCAAGAAGUCAUCCACUGAGCCAAACCAACACAGCAGCAACACCUCCUCCUGCCUGGGACCAGGGUACCAUUUAUCUGAAGCUUUUAUGUGUUACACUCUGCAGGCAAUAACUCUGUGGCUUGUGCAAGGCAGUUGAGCCCUAAGAGAAAAAGAAACAAGUGCUUUUCUUCAUAGACAAGCAGAAUGUCCUUGUUCCUUCCCAAAACAGGGUGGAGACAGCUGAGUGUCUGUGCUGCACCUCCUUGUGCCACAGCUCCUCCCUGGCCUGGGAAAUACACACCUCAAUUCUGAGAAGAAAAAUUAAUAAAAAAAUAAAAUAAAAAAAAUAGAGCUGGUUGCAAAAUAUCUAUGAAAACAUUUCUAUAAAAGGGAUGUGUUUUAGUGACAUGAUUAUUUUUUUUAUA